UGUACAUGAUGCGCAUUCUUCUCUGGCCCUGUCCCCUCGCAGCCCAUGCCUUCGCGUCACCUCCUCUACUCUAGUCGACCUAUAAAACUCCGGUCUCGUGCGUGUGCAGCUAACUGAAAGCGCCGUCUCCACAGGUCAGAGCUCUAUCAUAAGCUAGCUAGCCAGGCCAGGCGAGCGAUCGGACGAUCGGGCUACAAUUUCGACUACGGCGACGAUGGCCGGCGCGGGCGUGACGACGACGGGGUCGCCGUGCGGGGCGUGCAAGUUCCUGCGGCGCCGAUGCGCGGCGGAGUGCGUGUUCGCGCCCUACUUCUGCGCGGAGGACGGCGCGUCGCAGUUCGCGGCCAUCCACAAGGUGUUCGGCGCCAGCAACGCGGCCAAGCUGCUGCAGCAGGUGGCGCCGGGGGACCGGAGCGAGGUCGCCGCCACGGUGACCUACGAGGCGCAGGCCAGGCUGCGCGACCCCGUCUACGGCUGCGUCGCCCACAUCUUCGCGCUGCAGCAGCAGGUGGUGGCGCUGCAGGCGCAGGUGGCGCACGCCAGGACGCAGGCGCAGCUGGGGGCGGCGACGGCGAUGCACCCGCUGCUCCAGCAGCAGCUGCAGCAGCAGGCGUGGCAGGUGGCGGCCGCCGCGGAGCAGCACGACCACCAGUCCAUGACGUCCACGCAGAGCAGCUCCGGCUGCUACAGCGGCGCCCACCAGCGCUCCGACGGGUCCUCGCUGCACGGCGCCGAGAUGUACUGCGGCUACGGCGAGCAGGAGGAAGGCAGUUACUGACCCCAGAUGUUUGAUUCACUCGUUCCUCGUACGUUCCCCUGAGAAAAAAGCUGAGAGAUGUACCAUGAAAAGUUUCUCCUUUGCAACGCGCGUUCGAUUGAGUUGGUUCAGCUCUAUCUUGCCGGCCUCGGCUGUGAAGGGAUCGAUCGGCCUUGUGUUGUUUGGGGCUCAAGACGAACCCAUGAUUUCCAACUUUCCAACUCGAUCGGGCCUCGAUUGUUACGUGUGAACUUGUUCGAAAUUCCCUUUGUUACAGCGUGUUUGUCUGAAUAAGUGUAGAAGCUAAUAUGGCGUUCGACGAAAUUUCAGCGUCCAGACAUGUUUUGCU